CGCCCAUGACUCCUCCCACGCCGGCCACCGGCGGUCCCGACCCACUCCCUGGUCUCCUCACGCCCCCUCCCGGCCCCCCGAGGCAUUCUGCGUCCCGAGUGCCGAUCAGGCCUCGGCUGUCUCCGGCUUCAGGACCACAGCCAGGGACCCCCAGGCCGCCCCUCCAGGCUGCACGCCCGCUCGGCCCGCCCCCCGGACGCAACCAGGGACACGCUGGCUCCCGCCCGGCCUGGGCCACCGAGUCUUCUCCCACGGCGGUCACGCCCCUCGGAGGCGGCGCGCCGCCCGGCACACAGCCGGCGCCCGCUCUGCUGUCGCACCGCCCCUCCGAGGACCCAGGGAAGUCAGCCCUUUCCCGACAGGAUGGACGAGGAGAGCCUGCAGACCGCCCUCCAGACCUACGACACGCAGCUGCAGCAGGUGGAGCUGGCCCUGGGCACCGGCCUGGAUCCCUCCGCGCUGGCGGACCUGCGCCAGCUGCAAGGCGACCUGAAGGAACUGAUCGAGCUCACGGAGGCCAGCCUGGUGUCCGUCAGGAAGAGCAAGCUGCUGGCCUCACUGGAUGGAGAGCACCCAGCCCAGGACGGCGCAGAGUACCUGGCUUUCCAGAAGGCCAUUACGGAGGUGCCAGUAGCCCCCAGGGCAGAAGUGGACACUGUUCCUGAAACAGAGGCGGGGCCAGAACCCAGCAAGCCUGGGCAGGAGGAGGAGGAAGGGGAGGAGGAGGAGGACGAGGAAGAGCUGAGUGGCAGGAAAGUGAAUGCCCCCUACUACAGCCCGUGGGGCACCCUGGAGUAUCACAAUGCCAUGAUUGUGGGCACAGAAGAGGCCAGCGAUGGCUCCGCGGGCGUCCGCGUCCUCUACCUGUACCCCACCCACAAGGCCCUGAAGACCUGCCCGUUCUACCUGGAGGGGAAGUGCCGCUUCAAGGAGCACUGCAGGUUCUCCCACGGGCAGGUGGUCUCCAUGGACGAGCUGCGUCCCUUCCAGGACCCGGACCUAAGCUCCCUGCAGGCUGGCUCGGCGUGUCUGGCCAAGCAGCAGGAUGGUCUCUGGUACCCAGCACGAAUCACUGAUGUGGACAGUGGCUACUACACAGUGAAGUUCGAGUCGCUGCUGCUGAAGGAGGCUGUGCUGGAAGGGGACAGCGUCCUGCCCCCACUGCGAGCAGAGCGCACAGGGUCCUCUGACUCGGACAGCGGCGACGAGGGCGACGAGGGCGACGCCAGCUAUGCCAAAGUGGUGGAAGCCAGCACCACCGACCACGGGCCCUGCAGCUCCACCUUCGCUGGCUGGGAGGUGCAUACCCGGGGCAUAGGCUCCAGGCUCCUUGCCAAGAUGGGCUACGAGUUUGGCAAGGGUCUAGGCCGGCACGGACAGGGCCGAGUGGAGCCCAUCCACGCUGUUGUGCUCCCUCGAGGGAAGUCGCUGGACCAGUGCAUGGAGACCCUGCAGAAGGGGGCCAAGGGCAGCAAGGCUGGCCCCAACAGGCCCCCGAAGUGCCGGGGGCCAGGUGGCAGGCCCGGGGGCCGCCCACCCCCUCGGGGCGUGUUCGACUUUCUGAACGAGAAGCUGCGAGGCCAGGCCCCUGGGGCCCUGGAGGCAGGGUCAGCCCUCCCAGGGAGGGGGAGUGGCAAGGAGAUGUACCACGCCAGCAAGAAGGCCAAGCGGGCCCUGAGCCUGCGGCUCUUCCAGACCGAGGAGAAGAUCGAGCAGGCCCAGCGGGACAUCCGAAGCAUCCAGGAGGCCCUCGCCCGCAACACCGGCAGGUACAGCGUGACAGUGGCCCAGCUGCAGGAGAAGCUGGCAGGAGCCCAGCGGCAGCUGGGGCAGCUCCGGGCCCAGGAGGCGGGCCUGCAGCGGGCACAGGGCAAGGCAGACACCCACAGGAAGAUGACAGAGUUCUAAGCCCUGCACACGUGGAUGGCUCGCCUGGCUCCCAGCUGCCCUCAGGAAGACCAGCCGUUGCCCAGCAACAAGAUGCCGCCAGGAGACGGCCAGCCACUCCCAGGCUAGACUGCAGGCAGCCUUCUGGCCAGCCUGGGGCUGUGAACACUGCCAAGUGGAGACGGGCUGCAGGGUCACGUUCUCACGUCACCUGCCCACUGAGCCUACCUGCCAGUGUCUUAGGGAGUCUUGCUGGGAAGGACAUUAAAGUGACCAUGCUGUGGUGUCAGUGGA